GCAGCUUCUGUCUGCUCUCUGGGUUAUUUUGGCCAGAGCAAGCGCUAUGUUUCCCCUCACCUUUCUGGUUUGGAGCGAGUUUAGCUUAUUUUCCGUAACACAGAAGUACCCUUGUCUUCCUCGGCGUGAAUGCUGCACCGGGCGCCGCGCGGGUGGCGGUACGCUUUCCUGAAAACUUGCAGGUCCCUGAUGUAAAGUUCACUUUUACUUGGUAAUGUGCCCUUGCAUGCGCCUUCAGACUUUGUAAUUCAGCGCCUUUCGGCUUUGUGUCCAAAGCGUACGGGUGGGUAUGCUAUGACUGGCUUCAGACUCCCCAUCACUGCUGUUAGAAAACUAAAUGUCUGUUUUGGACUGUGGGAGAAAUGCCCCUCUUAUAAGCUGUACCCCUCUUGGAGGAGAAGCAUAUACUGUAGCUGUCAAGCACGCACAGUAAACUACGUAAGAUAUUUCGGCAUUUCCCCAGUAAAACUCUGUGCAUUAAGACUUUCUCCAGAGUAUAUCUCAGUACUUUCUCUGCGGAGCAAAAGUAGCAAAAGCUCUAGAAGGAAUAAACGAACAUUACAAGAAGAGGAAGAAGAAGAGGAUGAAGAGGGAGAGAAAAGUGAUUUGGAAGAUGAAUUUGAUGAAGACCCCAACAUAGUAAAAGAUUACAAGGAUCUUGAAAAAGUAGUGCAGUCUCUUCGAUACGAUGUAAUCAUGAAAGCUGGUCUAGACAUUGCAAGAAAUAAAGUAGAAGAUGCAUUCUACAAUAAUGAACUCAGGCUGAAUGGAGAAAAACUAUGGAAGAAAAGUAGAACUGUGAAAAUUGGUGACACGCUGGACCUUAUAGUAGGGGAAGACAAAGAAACAGGAACUGCUGUAGUUAUGCGUGUUGUCUUUAAAAAAGUAUCAGACAAGACUGAAAGUGAAAAAUACAAAGUAAUUUUGAGGCGCUGGAAAAACUUAAAAGUGCCCAAACAGGAUGUGCUUAAGUAACAGGAGUUUGCAUGUGGCAGCAUGAGACUUUUUGUAGAAAACUAUAUCAUUUGUUGUUAAAUAUGAAUUUUGGUUAAACAAAAGUACAGUACCCUUUUUAAGGGCUUCUGCUAGAAUGUUAUCUCCCUCUGCUGUGUGCAUCAAUAUUCCUGUGCUGAGUCGGUCACUUUUUGCUGUUAGUUCUGUUUCACGGCACUGCAGGAUAAAAGACCCAACUCUCAUAUUCCCAGGCAGUUUCUCCUUACAGAAGUUAUAUAUAAUGAAUGAAUAAAGACUAAUUUGAUCAC